AUGGAAGGACUCGGAGUCGCCGCCAACAUAAUCGCUGUCAUCGACCUCUCCGCCAAGGUCGCGACGCUGUGCUUCCAGUAUUCCAAAGAUGUCUCUAGCGCCCGAGCGGAUAUCGAGCGUCUCCGCAACCAGGUCGAACACCUGGGGACUACUCUGCGGGCUACGCAGUGCCUGGUAGAAGGGACCAAAAGCUUGUCGCUUUCGAUAUCCAAGGGACUUGUUGGCUCAUUCCGCAGCUGCAUCGCCGACCUGGAGCGAUUGGAGAAAAAGCUUGAUCCAAAUCCUGUACGUACCGCUAUGCGGCGCUAUGGCAUUCGAGCACUCAAAUGGCCAUUUAACAGCAAAGAGGUCGACCAACUUCUGGCCGGUCUUGACCGUCACGAGAAAACCAUCUUACUCGGACUCCAGGUUGAUCAGACGGCCAUACUCGUCGACAUGCAUGAAAGGGUCAAACGACUGGGGCUUCAGCCGACCGAGGAUGCCUCGGUUUCCCGCAAGCCCCAUUUCAUGAUGCCGUUCACUCCUGACCCAGACUUUGUCCACCGCCCUAUUAUCGAAAAAUGGAUGCAAGACAAAUACAGCCAACCCAGCCAGCGGAUGGCUUUGGUCGGCAUGGGCGGCUUCGGGAAAUCCCAGCUGGCCAUCCAGUUUGCACACCACGUCUAUGCGGCUGAACCCGGAACCAGUGUAUUCUGGGUGCAUGGCCGCAGCAAGGCGACGUUCGAGGAGUCGUACCGCGCUCUUGCAGAUGUUCUCGCCUUGCCUCGUCGGCACGAACCAGAGGUCAACGUGCUGGCACUCGUGCGUGACUGGCUGCAGAGGGAUGACAUCAAUCCGUGGCUGAUGGUCGUCGACAAUGCCGAUGAUAUCAAGCUAUUCUUUCUUGACAAGGGACACGGUGACGCCUUACAAGAUCGAGUUGCCUCGUAUUUGCCCAAAUCAACCAAGGGCAAGAUUCUCGUCACAUCGCGCAGCCUUGACGCAGCAGAAAAGCUAGUCGGUAGUAGCCAAGCAACGUUGCGAAUCCCCACCAUGGGAGAGGAGCAAGCUCUGGAACUUUUGCAGAGGAGGCUGGAAAACAAGACAGACGAAGCUGCAGCAAAGGAUCUUGUCCGCACACUUGAUUGCAUCCCGCUAGCAGUAAACCAGGCAGCAGCAUACAUCAAUCGACGCAGCCCACGAGUGACUACCAAGUCAUAUCUGAAUGAAUUUUACAGAAGUGAAAAGCGAAGAGAUAGCCUUCUUCGCAGCGAUAAAGGAGAUCUUGGUCGGCAAGAUGGGGUUUCCAACUCUGUUGUGGUGACGUGGCAGGUGACGUUCGAGCAGAUCAGGCGGGAGCAACCGUGCGCCGCCAAUCUUCUAUCGUUGAUGAGCCAAUUUCAGGCUCAAAACAUACCUGAGAUCAUGCUUCAUAGCUACAACGACGACGGCGAAGACACCACGGCGGACGAGGGAAAUGAUGUAGACGGCAUAGACACUGGAAGCAAAAGCGACGGUGAAAGCGAACGAACAGGCUUUGAGAACGAUAUGGACGUGCUGCGAGGCUACUCUCUUGUUCAUAUUUCGACGGUGGGGCUCUGUGAGAUGCAUUCGCUUGUCCAGUUCUGCACUCGCUCGUGGAUCUCGGAAUAUGGUGACCCAGCAAAGUGGAGUCGGCUGUUCAUGAAGCUAGCAGCCGACCAUUUCCCCUCUGGCGCGUUCGAGACAUGGGCCGUCUGUCAAAGUCUUCUUCCUCACGUCGAACCUUUAGUUGAGAGAAAGCCAAGAGAGGAGAGCAUUGUUGCAAAUUGGGCUGAAGUACUGACAAAUAUAUCUUGGUACAUGCUGAUGAUUGGCGAAUACACACGAGCAGAGACGCUGGCAAAGGCAGCUGUUCAGGCAAGAAUUUGCAUCAAUGGUCUCGAUCAUCCCUCGACGCUGGCCAGUAUGGCCAACUUAGCUUCAACGUACAGCAACCAGGGUCGAUGGGAGGAGGCAGAGAAGCUUGAAGUGGAAGUGAUGGAGACGAGCAAGGCGAAGCUUGGGGUCGAUCAUCCCUCGACGCUGACCAGUAUGGCCAACUUAGCUUCGACGUACAGGAACCAGGGCCGAUGGGAGGAGGCAGAGAAGCUUGAAGUGGAAGUGAUGGAGACUCGCAAGGCGAAGCUUGGGGUCGAUCAUCCCUCGACGCUGACCAGUAUGGCCAACUUAGCUUCAACGUACAGCAACCAGGGUCGAUGGGAGGAGGCAGAGAAGCUUGAAGUGGAAGUGAUGGAGACGAGCAAGGCGAAGCUUGGGGUCGAUCAUCCCUCGACGCUGACCAGUAUGGCCAACUUAGCUUCGACGUACAGGAACCAGGGCCGAUGGGAGGAGGCAGAGAAGCUUGAAGUGGAAGUGAUGGAGACUCGCAAGGCGAAGCUUGGGGUCGAUCAUCCCUCGACGCUGACCAGUAUGGCCAACUUAGCUUCAACGUACAGCAACCAGGGUCGAUGGGAGGAGGCAGAGAAGCUUGAAGUGGAAGUGAUGGAGACUCGCAAGGCGAAGCUUGGGGUCGAUCAUCCCUCGACGCUGACCAGUAUGGCCAACCUAGCUUCGACGUUUUGGAACCAGGGUCGAUGGGAGGAGGCAGAGAAGCUUGAAGUGGAAGUGAUGGAGACGAGCAAGGCGAAGCUUGGGGUCGAUCAUCCCUCGACGCUGACCAGUAUGGCCAACUUAGCUUCGACGUACAGGAACCAGGGCCGAUGGGAGGAGGCAGAGAAGCUUGAAGUGGAAGUGAUGGAGACUCGCAAGGCGAAGCUUGGGGUCGAUCAUCCCUCGACGCUGACCAGUAUGGCCAACUUAGCUUCAACGUACAGCAACCAGGGUCGAUGGGAGGAGGCAGAGAAGCUAUUUGUGGAAGUGAUGGAGACUAGCAAGGCGAAGCUUGGGGUCGAUCAUCCCGACACGCUGACCAGUAUGGCCAACUUAGCUUCGACGUACAGGAACCAGGGUCGAUGGGAGGAGGCAGAGAAGCUUGAAGUGGAAGUGAUGGAGACUCGCAAGGCGAAGCUUGGGGUCGAUCAUCCCGACACGCUGACCAGUAUGGCCAACUUAGCUUCGACGUUUUGGAACCAGGGUCGAUGGGAGGAGGCAGAGAAGCUUGAGGUGGAAGUGAUGGAGACUCGCAAGGCGAAGCUUGGGGUCGAUCAUCCCGACACGCUGACCAGUAUGGCCAACCUAGCAUUCACUUGGCACAGUCAAGGCCGGCUUGAAGAUUCUCUUACUUUGAUGCAAGGCUGCGCUCAUCUACGUCAAAAGAAGUUGGGCCACGCCCAUCCGCACACUCAGUCAUCAGUCGCAACGCUGCAUUCAUGGCAGGCUAGUCGUCUCGCGCUGGAAGGUGCCUCCAGUUAUUAA